AUGAUCACUCCAAUUUUCUGGAUCACCCAAGAUGGCGAAAAAUUAACAAUUCGAAUCCGCGCUCCACAUGCAAAUCUCAAAGAAUUGGACUAUGAUCAUAGCCAGCAAAUGUUCAUUUUCUCAUGUCAACCCUAUUUUUUAAGACUGAAUUUUAAGCAAAUGGUUGACGAAUAUGGAAGUGGGCGUGGUCAACAAAUACAGUAUGACACGGACAAAUGCGAAUUUUUGAUCUACGUACAGAAAAUGCACAAAAAUGAGCAUUUUGAGGAUUUGGAUAUGAUUUCGGAACUUUUAAGAGCUCCUGAAACUCCGAAACAUGCUAGAGAUCUUGUUGAAGAAAUUGGAGAAUAUCUAGAAGAAGAAGAUCAGGGAGAUGGUGAAGAAUAUUUAGAAAAACAAGAUAAUAUUCGAGAUUUGACUGAGGAAAUCGAGAAAUCUCAGGAAAAAGGAAAUGGCUAUGGAUUUGGCUGGACGAAAUAUGGGAUAAUUGAAAGAUUGAGGGAUGAAAUUGGAAGAGUUGUUGAUUUGGAAUAUCCGGAAGAUUUGGGAAUUGGGGAAAGAGCACGGGAAUGUGGACAAUUGGAUGAGGAAGCAUUUGAUGCCGGAAGAUAUUUGUGAGUUUUUUUUGAGAGGCAAGGAUUUUUGGGACAAGUGAAAUCAGGAAGAAUAGAAAUUUUUGAAAUAAUGUUUUUUUAGUUGAAAGACAUACAUACUUGAAAAGUUUCUGUUUUUAAUUAAAAAUGAAAUCAUGAAAAUUCCAAUUAAAUUCUCCACAGGAUAAAUCUUGAGAUUCUCUAAAUUCGACCCUUUUUCAAGUGGUUUUUCAGGCGAAACAGUUAGACAAAUCCUCAAAAUUUUAUAAUUUUGAUGAAAAACCAUUUUUUCGCAUGUUUCUUUUAUCAUUUAUAAAUUUCGAAAAUGAUUAGGUUUUUAAGUAGGCAUUCGUGUAAAACUGGAUUUAUUGAUUACUGUUUUCAAAUUAUACUAUUUUUUUACCAACUUUUUUUUGGUCAAAAAUUUGUAAAUCUGGAAAGUUUUCCAGUUUUACAAAUCCUUCUUUUUCAAGCCAAAAUUCAUGAUUUCAGUCUGAAAUUGAUAUUAUUUCAUAUAUUGAGCAUUUAUUGAGUACUGUCUUCAAAUUUUAAUUUUUUUGGUCAAAUUUUUUUUUCGAAACGAAACAAAGUUCACAAAAACAAAACAAACAUCCAAAAAUCUUUUUUUAUUCCAGAGUUGACACCAUCCAACCUGAAGAUGUUCUCAAUCAAAUCAUCACUUCGGAUUUCCGUGGAAAAUUAGAAAUCACAGACGAAGAUCGAGAAAAACUAAAAGAAAUUCGAAAAAUCAUCGAUUUCUCCAAACUCGAUAAUAUUUCGAUAGCCAAUUCGCUUAUUGAUAUAAUUUAUGCAUAUUUAUAUGAUGCGAGAGUAAAUGAAUGGGAUGAUGAACCAAGUUGUGAAUCUGGAUGGACUUGUUCGAAAUUAUCACCAAGUUUGGCAUAUUUUGUCAAAUGGAAUAAUGUAGAAGAAGCUGUGAAAGGUGUAAUUCGAAGAGCUUUGACUUAUCCGCUUUAUAGAAGUUGGCAACUUUCCCAAAAAGUUGUGGAUGAUUUGAAAAUCGUGUUUCGAUCGGGAAAAUCUGCGAUUCUUCAUGUGCUUUGCGAAAUUCAUCGCUGUUUUAUCGCGUCUGGCGAAUUCAAAUAUCUUUUGAAUGAUUUGUUCAUCACUGAUUAUAUUGUUUGGAUUCAAAGUGAAAAAAUCAAUAAGGUUUUGGAGGAUUUGAAGGAAGAGCUAGAGAGUUUGGAAGUGAAGAAGUUUGAGGAUUUGGAAUUACUCGAAAUUGAGGCGAAACUUCAGAUGACACAGGUUUUGGAUAGUGAUGAUGAUGAAGAUUCUUGA